AUGUUCGCCCAGUCCCUAAAACGCCCUCGCGACGAGGACCUGGUGUUGCUCGAUGCGAAGGAGUCUAAGAGGCUCUGCCCGCUCUGGCAACCCGUUCCUCGGGCGCGUCCCGAGUCCGCAGCCGACACCGACCAGUCGCUGCGCUUAAGCGCACACAAUCUCACUCCCGUCGAUUCCUCGGACGAUGAGGCUGGCUUUGAGAAAGAUGGUGUGUCAGCACUCGACGCUGGUCGUCUGGGAAAAUCGAAGCCAGCGCAUGGACAUCGGCCUCCCUUCCUACAACUCGGGGCCGACGUUGAUACUGCAAACCACCUGCGCCCUGUCUUGGCCAGCGGCGACAGCCUAUCACCUUGGUUGGUAGGCUCUCAACUCAGCAGUCACCAGUCCUCGCCAAUCCCACACCAACUAGUCAAUCAGUCCCUGACUAUCAAUGGUGUGCCGACCGCCACACCACCCGACAGCUACUUCCCAGCCGAAGUCUCGCCCCUCGCAGGUACAGGCCAGCCAGAUCUACACAUGACGAUGGAGGACACAGCGAUGAACAAUGUGUCCCUCCCACCUGCUAUCCGCCUACCCAGUCCAAUCAGCGACAACGGCGACGCGUUUAUGAGGACCACUGAGAACACUGGCGACGCAGACGCGGAAAUGGGUGACUACUCGUCCGCCAGCUUCACACAGACUGUCUCGCCUGCACCCUCUGCUGGAUCUGCGGAUGUAUACCAGCAGGCGACACCGGUCGUGGCUGGUGAUCAUCAAACUUCAACUUGCACAGCUGCUCCGCGCCGGCGGUCUCCCCUCGUCAUGGGCUAUCGUGCGGGCUGCACGAAAUGUCAAUGCAAGGCGCGCGGGCACUAUAGCCAUAUCCGUCAGCCUUGA